GACAUACCGCUGCAUGUUGCCAUCAUCUCGCACAUUCUCAUCGCUUGGGAUCGCAUGCGUUGGCUGAGUGAUCCUUUGCAGGGUCGCCUGCCGGCGUUUGUUUGCUGCUGUGCAACUUGGCUUGGUGGCAUGGUGAUUGCGUUGCCAUAUCCAAUCUACACGAUUUACGUGGAACUGGGGGAUUAUGUCACCGAAUUGAAGGGAAUCGGCUUAUGUGUGGUGAAUUUGAUGGAUGAUAUGCACGAAUAUAUGCGCGGACUGUUCCUGUUAAUGUAUUGCGCACCCAGCAUCCUUUUGGCUUACCUUUACAUAAGAACCUCACAGGAGCUGCGUCCGCCGGAUGGACCAUUUGCCGUAAUGAUGUUUGAGCAUCGAGCGGAUAUGAGGAAUCGUCAGCGCAACUCUUCAGCCUCUUCGGUGGGCGGCAGUGUCGGUGCAACCAUCACUUCGACUUCGGGCAUUGGUUCAGCGCUCACCACACAUACCAAUGGCGCUAGUGGCGGUGCUGGCAGCGGUCUGGGUCUGGGCGGUCAUACCUCCUCGACAUGCUCGGCCACAACGAAGACACGUUCCUAUGACCUGUACAGCGCCGAAUUGGAUGUUUAUCGGGAGAAGCGGCAACAACGUAAUUUCGGUAGCAUGGCCGCAGCUCAAAUCCUCUGCCUGUGUCCAUUGAUGAUUUUACGCUUCGCCAGACUCUCCAUGGAGGAGACCUACGAGAAUCAGAAACAUUUUGAUUUCACCUAUUUGAUGUUUGUGUGGAUCGCAUUUUUGCCCACUGUCAUAUUUCCAUGCAUUUAUGCAUCGCAGAUAUUGCCCAGAGACGAACAGGAGCGUAUACGCGGCUAUUUCCGUCUUUCCACUAAACGUUUGCAUAAAUCGCGCAGUUGCGGUGGUGGCAGCGGCAGUGGCCAAACGCCCAGCUCCAGAGAGGACUCAAUCGAGAAGGAUGACAAUACAAAUGCCACACCAGCCGCCUCGAUACUCGUGAAUGGCGAGGAGUAUUUAAAUGGGGGUGGGAGUAUAACCGGCACGGCGUUGGUGACACGUCAGGAGCUCAAUAGAGCAGCCAAGUUCCAGCAGCAGCAGCAACAGAAUCACAACAAUCGUCGACAGGCGGGCGGCAGAGAUGCGCUGAGUAACAUUGAAGGGACGGCAGGUCAGCAGGGCUAUGGCAAGCAGGCGGCAUCGUUGGCGAAGGAUGUGCGUGUGAAGAAGAAUGAUGUGAAGAUUAAGAUAAUAUCGGAUGGCGGCAAAGGCAAUAAGUCAGCAGGCAGUGUGAGCCAAUUGCAGGCAAUGCACGUACCGAAAAGCGGCGGCAGCGGCGGCAGUAGUCGACGCGAGAGUGUGUCCGGUGGUGGUGGUGGUGGUGUUGGCAGCGGCGGCGCGAGCAGUGGUGUUGGCGAGCGUAAGUUAACGCUGGGCUCUUUGGAUAACUCCUGUUCGAACAUGACCUCGUCCACGUAUUGCAAUGGCGUCAGCAGUUUGCUGGAGGACGACGGUGGCGCUAGCAAUUUCGGCGAUGGCGAAGACUCGUCCAUUGUGAGCGGCAUGAUUGUGUCGAGCGGUGGUGCGAACUAUACACAGCACAAGAAAUGGAGUCUCAGUGGCCAGCCAUUGCUGCGCAAUAAAGAUUUAUCUUUUAGCGAUUGCAGUAGCUUCUCGCAUAUGGAUACGGCAAGUACAUUGGAGCGUGACAUGGAGAUAAUUGACAUGUUGGAACGUGAGCGCAGCAUGGACAUACAGGAGAUGAUUGAGCGUGAGCAGCGCGGCGAAACGGUACGCAUGACGGUGGGCGAGCGACGCAAGUUGCCCGAUAUCGAUAAGAUAUAUCAACGUUCACCCAAACCAAAACUUGAUCCGUACAGUUAUGACGUGUCUACACAUGUCACGCCGACGCCAUCAACGGCGACCGUCAAAGAUAGCACACAAAACUCACUGCUCUGCACUGAUCCACUGCAGUCGAGCGGCGGUAUGAGCAGUAGUGGCAGCAGCACGAAUGAUGGUGCUUACAGUAUCGCCUCCACGCUCACAGGUGACGAGCGCUUAGCGGCGCAACGUUUGGCACGUGAGGAUGAGGGUGAAAGUGGUAUCGAUGUCGACGAGGAAGUGCCGUCCGAUUUCUUUGACAAGUAUACGCCGGGCGCCGCCACUGCCGUGCCGUAUGCGGGUAGCGACGGCGCAGCAACGGCCAUCACGCCCACUUCCUCCUACCAGUAUCAGUACUCGCGUCGACUUAGCCGCAAAUCGUCGCAUCACAGUCAAGGCUCAAACUCACACUCACGCUCAUCGAAACGUGACAGCUUCAAUUCACUGAAUGGCAGUGAUCUCAUAGCGGGCGCUUUUGGUGAACUAGAUCCGACGCAACCUUUGUCGAAGAUGUCCGUCAUGGAAGGUCGUAUGCGUCGAAGUAGUGGCCGUACGGCGAGUUUCUCUUCCUCGUCGCGCAGUUCGAUGAAGUCGCGUGACUAUAGUCAUGGCUCUUCACAUUCAGCGCAUCCAGAGUUGGACUUUAGGGAGAAUAUAUUCGCUGAGCUGUAAAGGAGUGAAUAAGUAAUAACUCGAUUUUAGGUGCAGCGAUCUAAAAGAGGCGUUUAAGCUUUAUGGAACGAGUUGCCUAAUGGAGUUAACGUGUGCAACGAAAGAAGGUUUGAAAAUUAUAUGAAUAAGGUGUAGCUUUUAAUACGCAUCAAUAAAAAAAAUCCUUGUAGUAAAAAUUAGAAAUAUGGAAGCCCUGAUAGCGCAGUUUUUAGUAAAGUAGGCUAGUGGCACUUUUUUAAAGUAUAAAAGAGGCUUAGAGGAAAGGAGUUUAGGUGUAAGUAAUUUUAGGAAGAAAUUUUUGAGAUAAGAAAUUUAUACGGUUUGUAUCCCUGAGUAAGAAGAAAUGUAGUUUUAAGCUCGAGUUGAGCACUUUUGAUGCUCUUAACGGUGUUUACGCAUUAUGGAUUUAACUGAGAAGUAAAGCUCGAAAAGCGUUGAAAAUUAAAGCUCAACUCAGAAUGAAUAAGAAAAAGCACGAACGAGGAAAGAUGCGAAAAAGUCUCAGUUCGAGUCUCAGCCUGGACGGUGAGCUUUCGACGAACUGAUAAAUUCAGUAGAUCUCUCACUAAAAUCGAAGACUUUAGAGAAUCAGGAAAAUUAAUCUUUUGAUAACGAAUAUAAGAAUUUGUCCCAAUGAGUAGUUAGAAAAAAUGUUUAUAUAGAGAAGAAUGAAUUAUAGCUUACCACGAUGCAAAAUGAGAAAAUGAAACCUUCAUUUGUUGUUUUAAGGGUUAAUACUAAAGAUAGCUCCGUUCUUUCGUAAUUAAUUAAUUUUUUUUUUCGAAGAAGUCAGACACCUCAUCUGUAAGUGUCUUUCUUUUUUAAAGAGAAAGCGUAAGUUGAGUAACAGAGGAUGAUAGCAUGUUAGAGUCCCGUGUGUGUAAGACAGCUCCAGCGAUUGUAUGAAAACCCGAACUAAACCAAGACGAUCUCAUUCUUGAAAUCCAACCUCUCUCUGAAAAUCAAAGAGAUAAGUUAGAGAGCGCGAGGCACGAAUCGUAAAUUUUAUAACGAAAUCGCGAUACUACUAAACUCGCAAAAAAAACUCUCUCCUUAAUUUUUUGUUAUAAGUUACCGAGAGAAACUGUACUCUUUUGAAUUUUCCGUUGAGCUUAAACCUUAACCCUUUGAAAGUCACCGAAAAAUCAUAUCACAUAAAUUGUGGAUUUUAAUUGACAAGAAAACUAUCGAUAUUAUAUACUUCAGGCAUGAAUGGAGUAGGCCUUUGAUUGUUGCGAGGUCCGCUGAUGACAUAACUUUUAUUGGCAACUGAGGGGAUAAGGGUCAAGUCGUAUGACAUACAUAAUAUUAUUUUAUUGGCUCUUUUUGAGUAUGACCAAAGCCGCCGAUAGAACACAGCUCAAAACUUUGUCUUAUCUUAAUCUUGGUGAGCGAUUAUUUGAUCUCCCUUUCAAUAGGCAGUAGGUGUUGUCGAAGACAUCUCAUGUAUGCAUCGGCCGUACUAUAUGUAAAGAGUACAGUCGAGACUUUAUGGAAUGACGAGAUUAGCAGAUUUAGAGAAUGCCUCCUUUCUCCUUCGUCCGCCUGUGCGUGUGUUAUUCAUAACUCAAUAUUGAGAUAUUUUGAUGAAUAAUUGCUAACACAUAGCAUGGGUCAAAAGUAAAGACGCUUUCGCAACGUCUCCCCACGCUUUUAAUGGUAGUUUUUAAAGAAAUGGGUGACUUAUUCUUGUAAAAAAAAACUAAAGUCCUACCAAAAUUUCCGAUACACUAGAACUGCGGGACUUUAUAUAAAUAACAGUUGAGCAUCUAAUUGUCGAUUUCACCUAAAUCUCGUCUUCUUUAUUUGUUUUGACGCUGUCGUCCUACUCGACAGCAGUCUCAACCACUUA